UUUUCAAGAGGGAACUAGUCCGGUCUUCUUCUUCGGCGCAACGCCUACUCUGAAUACUUAGCCGCCGCCGCCGGCAGAGUUAGAGAAGCGAGAGAUGCUUGAAGCAAAGAGCCUGCGGAAGGCAGUAAUUCCCGUCUCUCUUCUUGAACAUCCAUCUCCUGGCUCUGUUCAAUCCACUCGACUCGCGCUCCAUGUUGACAGUGAUGGUGCCUCAUGCUGGAUUUAUGUUGCUUCCGGUUCUCGCAUUUACAGAAUUGAGAUAUCCAUGGAGGAUGCUUUGGUAAAUCAAGGAAAAGAAGGACUGUUGAUUCCUGAAAACGCUCAGAUGUUGGAUGCCUCUGUAGUGAACCGUUGUCCUCAUAGGUCAGAAAUUCAGAGUAUAGCGCUUGCCGGAACUGAUAGGAAUGACAGCUUAAUAUUAGGAAGUGUAGAUUCUUAUGGUCACCUUAUCGUCUCAAAACUAGAUUCGAGUGGUAAAGAUGUUGAUAGAGUUACAUUUUCAGCAUUGCCUCGAGAUUGUGGUGUUGGAGAGGGCAGUUGGUCAGGGCUCUGUUUCAGUCCCACCCACUGGUCCAGGGCUGUUGUAGCUCGGAGCUUCUGUAAGAGUAUUGAUGUAUAUGAUGAAGAUACUCACCUUCGGACACUACACACAUUGUUGUAUCCAUCAUCAUUAAGUUUUAUGCAGAAUUUGGAUAAUGUUGACGAGAGUUCAGUAGUAGCUGUGGCAGAAGGUUGUCAGCUCUCCAUAUGGGACUUGAGAAUGAAAGAGAACGGUGGUUGUGUGAAUCGGAUAUGUGGAUCAGUUGGGGAUACCAUUUAUGCCAUCAGCAAUUCUUCAACUGGGAUCGCUAUUGGUGGAGCAGAUCGUACUGUGACCAUAUAUGAUCCUCGCAGGUGGGCGGCGUUAUCGAGAUGGGUACAUUGCUCAAAAUACGAGAUUACUGGACUAUUUUUCUCUUCAAUUGAUCCAGAAUAUAUUUAUGUGCAAGGCAUCGAUUAUGAGGUGUUUGGUGGAAAGUGGAAGAAUGGAGAAAAAACAGUCUCAUUUAGAGGCGAUUCAAACUGGCUUGGAUUUAGCAAGUGUGCAGACAGAGACGUUUUAGGUGGAUGGUGUGAUUCGGGUAGUGUCUUUGUGGCUGACAUUGCCAAACCAGAAGAAGAAGUUCUAUAGACAAAGGUCAAUACUUCCUUCCUUAAUUAUGCAGCUAUCUUCUUGUCUCUUUUAUGCUUUUUGUUUUGUCCUAAACAGAGAAUUAGCUUUCACAUGAACCCAUGUGUAGCAAUGUAGUUUCUUUUUGAAACACCAUUCCUGUUGAUUUCUUAUCUAGGUGUGGAUCCAUGUGAGAUUUCAAUUGAAAAUAAGGCAUACAUGUUUCUUCAUUAACCGACUAACCGAACCUAUAUCAUAUUGACAGAACA